AUGGUAAACAUUAACUCAGAGACAGGAGAUAUAGUCAGCCUGCAGGCCUUUAACUACGAGGAGUUAAAAACGUUUCAGUUUAAAGUUCAGGCCACAGACUCUGGUGUUCCUCCGCUCAGCAGCAACAUGACUGUGAACGUUUUUAUCCUGGAUGAGAAUGACAACAGUCCCGCGAUCCUUUCUCCAUAUUCUGAGCAUGGCUCCGUUAACAGUGAGAGCAUCCCCUACUCUGCUGAAGCGGGAUACUUUGUGGCAAAGAUCAGGGCUGUAGACGCAGACUCUGGAUACAAUGCGUUGCUUUCUUAUCACCUCUCUGAGCCCAAAGGAAACAACCUCUUCAGGAUCGGAACCAGCACUGGAGAAAUCAGGACUAAGAGGAGAAUGAGUGACAAUGACCUGAAAACUCACCCCUUGGUGGUCUUGGUUUCUGAUAACGGAGAACCCUCCCUGUCAGCUAGUGUGUCUAUUGAGGUGGUGGUGGUUGAAAGCACAGCUGACAUCCAGACCCAGUUCAGACAUGUGCCCAUAAAGGAGGACAGCUUCUCUGACUUAAACCUGUAUCUGCUGAUCGCCAUUGUGUCGGUUUCAGUGAUUUUUCUGCUGAGUCUCAUCAGCUUAAUAGCUGUCAAAUGCCACAGGACAGACGGCAGUUUCAGCAGGUACAGCGCCCCAAUGAUCACCACCCAUCCUGACGGGAGCUGGUCUUACUCUAAAGCUACUCAGCAGUAUGACGUCUGUUUUAGCUCAGACACGCUCAAGAGUGACGUAGUGGUUUUCCCCGCUCCGUUUCCGCCUGUAGAUGCGGAGCUGAUCAGUAUUAACGGAGGAGACACUUUUACCAGGACUCAGACUUUACCCAGCAAAGAAAAGGCCAUCGAUAUACGGAUCUAUGCUUUGUUGCUGCUGUAUGGAAUUAUGCAGCUGCCGGGAAGAAAGACCUCUAUCGGGAUAUAUCUAGUGCUUGUUGUCUUGGAGUAUAACUGGGGAGCAGUAUCAGGGCAGCUCUCCUAUUCCGUUUCAGAGGAGGUAAACCUGGGGACUUCUGUUGGAAAUCUCGCCAAGGAAUUAAAUCUUAAUGUACAUGAUUUGGAGUCACGUAUGUUUCAGAUCGUUACUGGAUCAAAGCGAAAGUAUUUCGAUGUAAAUUUGAAGUCAGGUUUUCUCUACGUCAGUGACAGAAUAGACAGAGAAGAGCUCUGUGCGAAAGCUGCAGAAUGUACAAUAAAUGUAGAGGCUGUGAUUAAUAAUCCACUGAAGCUUUACCGUGUUGAAGUGAAUAUUCUCGACGUGAAUGAUAAUCCGCCCUCUUUCAGUGCCAAAUCACAAACUAUCGACAUAGCAGAGAGCAUAUUGCCGGGAGCAACAUUCCCUCUGCUGUCGGCCUACGAUGCCGAUGUAGGGAAAAAUAGUAUUAACACAUACAAGCUAAAUCCCAAUGAAUAUUUUUCUUUAGCAGUGCACAAAGGAGAGAGUGUGUCAGCCGAGCUAGUCCUUCAGAAAUCAUUAGACAGAGAAAAACAGGCAUUAAUUAAACUCACACUGACUGCUGUAGAUGGAGGAACGCCUCCAAAAUCAGGGACAUCAGAAAUAUUAAUUCAUGUUCUUGAUAUCAACGACAAUAUUCCAGUUUUUACCAAAACAUUGUAUAAAACAAGUAUGACGGAAAAUGCACCACUUGGCACUACAGUCGUGACAGUGACUGCAACUGACGCCGAUGAGGGUCCAAACAAAGACAUUGUAUAUUUGCUGAACUCAAAAGACCAGGACCAUGUCUUGGACAUUUUUGAAAUUGACUCGGAAACAGGAAUAAUAACAGUUAAAGGGAAAAUAGACUUUGAAACAAAUCCUGCAUUUGAAAUCCGCGUGCAGGCUGCUGACAAAGGCCAACCUCCAUUAACAGCCCAGUGUAAAGUACUGGUGGAGGUUGUGGACCUAAAUGACAAUGCCCCUGAUAUCACGGUGACGUCACUGCUCAGUACAGUGAGGGAGGACGCUGAAAUCGGUACUGCCAUUGCACUUGUUUCAGUCCUUGACAGAGAUGGGGGGAAAAAUGGUGAAGUAAAAUGUGAGAUAUUGAAUGCGGUUCCCUUUAAAUUGGAGACAAAUUAUAAAAAUUAUUAUUCAUUAGUUAUCGGUGGAGAUCUAGACAGGGAACUAAUUUCCCACUACAAUAUCACUAUCAAAGCUUCAGAUGAAGGUAGGCCCCCUCUCUCCAACACCAACGUGGUUAUUAUUCAGGUUUCUGAUGUAAAUGACAACAUACCUCGGUUUUCAGAGACUGUAAUUAAUAUGUAUGUGGAAGAAAAUAGUCCAGUUGGCACGGUUUUGAAAGCAGUAUCUGCAACUGAUGCUGACAUUAGUGAUAAUGGUCGGGUGACCUACUCAUUAGUCAGUGAUAAUAACUUUGUGUCGCUGUCUACUAUGAUUAAUGUCAACUCCGAGACAGGAGAUAUAGUCAGUCUGCAGUCUUUUAACUAUGAGGAGCUAAAAACAUUUCAGUUUAAAGUUCAGGCCACAGACUCUGGUGCUCCUCCGCUCAGCAGUAAUGUGACUGUGAACGUUUUUAUCCUGGAUGAGAAUGACAACAGUCCCGCGGUUCUCGCGCCCUAUUCUGAGCACGGCUCCGUUAACAGUGAGAGCAUCCCCUACUCUGCUGAAGCGGGAUACUUUGUGGCAAAGAUCAGGGCUGUAGACGCAGACUCUGGAUACAGUGCGCUGCUUUCUUAUCACCUCUCUGAGCCCAAAGGAAACAACCUCUUCAGGAUCGGAACCAGCAACGGGGAAAUCAGGACUAAGAGGAGAAUGAGUGACAAUGACGUGAAAGCUCACCCCUUGGUGGUGUUGGUUUCUGAUAACGGAGAACCCUCCCUGUCAGCUACUGUGUCUAUUGAGGUGGUGGUGGUUGAAAGCACAGCUGAUAUCCAGACUCAGUUCAGACAUGUGCCCAUAAAGGAGGACAGCUUCUCUGAUCUAAACCUGUAUCUGCUGAUCGCCAUUGUGUCGGUUUCAGUGAUUUUUCUGCUGAGCCUCAUCAGUUUAAUAGCUGUCAAAUGCCACAGGACAGACGGCAGUUUCAGCAGGUACAGCGCCCCAAUGAUCACCACCCAUCCUGACGGGAGCUGGUCUUACUCUAAAGCUACUCAGCAGUAUGACGUCUGUUUCAGCUCAGACACGCUCAAGAGUGACGUAGUGGUUUUCCCCGCACCGUUUCCACCUGUGGAUGCGGAGCUGAUCAGUAUUAACGGAGGAGACACUUUUACCAGAACUCAAACUUUACCUAAUAAAGAAAAGUAUUUUAUCUACUGA